AUGAUCAGUCACUGGUGGGGUGGUCGCUUCGCCGAUUUCAUUGCGGCCGUGGAUCAGAUCGUGGCCGACCGGGCCCUGAGCAUCUGCACGGUCUUGUGGGUGUGCACCUUUGCCAACAAUCAGUUCGGUGAGUACUUCGGCUCGCGCAUCAUGGACACCCCGUUCGCUCGCGCCAUCAUGAAUGCCGAUGCCACGAUUCUGAUCGUGGAUCGCGAUGCGGGCUCCUUAACGCGCAGCUGGUGCUGCUUGGAACUGCACUGCACCAUCACCAUGGAGAAAGAGCUCCAGCUCUACACCUCCACGGGCAUGGUGGGCUCCGCGGCUGUUUCCUCAGGGCCCCUGGUGGAUGCGAUCUCCCGGUGGGACGUGCGCAAGAGCGAGGCGGCCGAGCAGGCCUACAAGAGGCAGAUCCUGAACUUCAUCGCGGAUGUGCCGGAGACUUGCGGUGGGUUAGUGAGGGAAUGA